ACCGAUACGUAUUUGAGCACUGGGCUCAGUUAUAUUGGAGCGCCACCGACGGACGUCCGAGAAGUCGGAGCCAAGCAUAAUAUGGUCUUGGCAUCCGUCUAUCUUUGCCGGCCUGGCCUAAGUUUAGAUGACCGCUCCUCUUGGCCGCCUUCAUAAGGGCGUGCUCCUCUCAACGGAUCGACGACUCGCUUGGCAUCCUCAACACCUUGCGCAGAGCUUCCACCAUGAAUUCCAUCGCCUCUCUCCCACAGGACGGGACCGUCGACAGAACGCUUGCUGCAUCGUACAACGUUCUUGAGCAGGCCCCUCCUCCGACGUUGCGCGAAAUACUGGGCGCUUACAAGGCCAAGGGCGAUGGCGACCGCGACCUCCUUAUGGCCAUGCUUAAUGCCAAAAGCGCGGAGGAUCAGCGAUUAGCAUCGGUGGCGGCGUUACAACGUACUAUGCUCGAAAUUCACCAAGCACAUUCAGUUUCAGCAACGGUCACGGAGUCACCCGCACGCGCAGCACACCCAUCACCACUUGGAAACAGCCGUUACGACUAUGGAAUGGCUUCCCCUGGCUAUGAACAUCGGCACUUGCCUGAACGCUCACCGCGUUCGGUUUAUCGUUCUCCCCCUACAGACGCCGAAUACAACCACCAUCCGUAUUCUUCCUCGCAUCGCCGCUCGCAUGCGCACCAAAGUACUCGGGAGUACCAUCCUGAGCCGCAUACAUACUCGCACUCCACUACCCAAUCCGC